GGACAAGUCCCUUGGAACUUGACAAACUGUCUGGUGGGCUAUCUUUUUUAUUCCUACCAGGUUGGUUAGCAAAAGGAUAUAAAAAUGUUGGACGCAGAUGGAAUCGAGCGAGACCCGGCUGCUACGCCGGAGGACUUUGUCAAAGCCAUUGAGAAAAGAGAGUUGGCACGGUUGCAAGUGUCGAAAGUUGACAUCUUCCUGUUUGAAGGGAAAAGGGUGUCUAAGUGGUUAGAGUUGCUGGAACAGAUUACAGGCGAGGCAUCUGAUGGAGACAAGUUCAAGUUUCUACCCAGAUAUGUCUGGUGGGAAAUCUGGCCCGAAAUAAUGAAGGUGGCUGCUGGAGCAAGGGGAGAUUGGGCCAAAUUCAAGGGAGAGAUGCAAAGACGUUUCAAGCUGGGGGAUGGCCUGCUAACAAAGGCAGACCUAAAAAUGUUACAGCGAGAUGAGUUCACUACUGUGGGGGCUUUCGCAACGGCGUUUGAAAAAAUGGCAAGAAAGGUCCCAGGGAUGGCAGAAGAAGAGCAGUGUGCAACAAUCCUUGAUAAAAGGAAAGACUUGUACGACAAUGGUGGACAGUGGCGCAGAGUUGAACCUCAUAAAGAAGGAACAUGCUUUGCGUUUAGGGAUGAAAAUAGAUCGCUCCGACAACGGGGUCUUGAUGGGGGCGAACAGUCGGUCAGUAUUCAUAGGGACCGCAUCAGCAGUGAUUAUGGAAAUUGGGAAAGUAAAAGUGGCCACAGAAGUGCAAAUGCGACAUAUCUCAAAAUACACGAACUGUACUAUUGGGAUGGCAUGGGACAAAUGAUUGAUGACUAUUGCAAAUCUUGUGUACCAUGUCAGGAGCGAUCCUCUCUUAGACCUAGGGAGCCGCUUCACCCGAGGUAUGUUCGUGAGGUUGGGGCAGUCGUGCACCUGGAUCUGUUGGCAAUGCCACUGGGAAUAGGGAGUUAUAAUUUUAUCUUUAAUGCGCGGGACAACCUCUCUGGUUUUGUAGAUGGCUGGGCCAUUCGCACAAAGACUGGUGAGACGUUGGCUCAAUGCAUCGAAGAGUAUUACCUCCAUUACCCCUUUGUCUCCAGAUUUGUGAUGGAUAGAGGGUCUGAAUUCACAUGUGCGGAAGUGAAGACACUUUUGAAGAGAUAUGGGGUAAUCGCCGAGUACACUACUGCAGCGCAUCCCCAAGCUAAUGCACCUGUGGAGAGAGGGCAUAGCACCAUCACAAAUCUUCUCGUCAAAUGGACUGAUGGCAGACCCAAUCAGUGGCCGAACUUUCUAAGGGUCAGUUUUUCGGUGGAUAAUAUCAUUGUCAGAAGAAGCACCGGCUACGCACUGGCUACGCUAUGGUAUGGCAAACAUGCAACAUUCCUUAUCGAAAGCUUCCUGAAGACUUGGAGGCGGCGAGACCUUGAGACUAAUUUGACAUUUGAGGAACUGCCUGAUUCAAGGGCACGUCAGAUUGGCGCUAUAGAGGACAAAAUUGAGGAAGCGGCGAGUAGGGUGGCUGACAAUCGUACCAAGGACAAGUUCAGGCUUGACACCGCUUGGGGCAGCCAUGCCAAGAGGGAGGGGAAGGGCAGGGCCAGUGGAAACCCCUUUGGGGGUGACCAGACAGAGGACGCAGACGAGGGCCAGGAGAGAGGACAUACCUCCAUUGAGUUGUUCGUGAUUGAGUUCGAGAGGCAUGCACAAGAGUUUGGAUGGGAUGGCACCAAGAUAUUAAGGGAGGUGCGAGGCACAAGCGAGUGGGUAGAGCCCAUUGCCAGACUUGUCAGAGAGUCGCUGAGCUGGCAAGACUGUGAGAGGGAGAUGGAGGGUUUGCACCCGUCGCCAGUGGGGAGAGAUGGACAACCCAUUCGAUUCAACUCCACUAAUCUGGGGGAGUUCCUAUGGGCCUAUGAUCGAUAUGCAGAUGACCUCAAUGUUCCAGGGGAGAAGAGGAUGGGGAGCUUCCUUCUGACUCAGAGAGAGGACAGGAGAAAGGAAGACAUAUCCCAAAGGCAUGAAAGAGAAGGAGGGUCAAGUGGUCCAGGCAUGCUUUCACAGCAUGCUCAGAUGGAUGUGGACUGCCCCAUGCCGGACAAGGAGCCAGACUCACCCCAUGAGCCACAGAUGCAGGAGUGCAAGGAGGACCAGACUGCCGAGGAAAAAGAGCGGGACAUGAUUGAGAGAGCAGCAAGAGAGAAAGAGAUCAGAGUCCAAUUCAGAUUGAAGAACUUGGCAGAAAUGAAUGAGAGGAUGCAGCAGGGAGAAGAGCCUGUGGUGGUGAAGGACAAAAGUGGGAGAUCUGGAGAACAUCAUCAGGAGAUGGGGUUUAAGUUAGUCUCUACAGACUUACUUAACCUGAGGGGUGUAAUGAAAGAAGGCUUUGCAGCAGCCAAAGCUUCGGAUCAGAAGGCUGGGGAAAGAUUGACGAAGGUGGCUCAAGAGGUAUAUGGCCAAAGAGUGGACUGGGAAAAAGAAGUUGAAGACUUGAAGAAAGGGUUGGAAAGGCAAAGCAAGGAGAUGGAGCCAGUAAAGGCAGACAUGGUGGAGAUCAGGGCAGAGAACGAAGCCGUCAGGCAGGUCAACCAGACCCUCAAUAAGGUGAAUGACGUCUUGAGGGCCUACUUGCAGGCACAACAGUUUUCCUUCCAAGCCAAGGAGGCUGAAUGGGAAAAGAGGAUACAGGACCUUGAGGCCAGGUAUACGCGACAGACCCCUACUGCAGUGGUAGAUUGGACAGAGGUCCAGGGGUUUGAGAUCAGGGGACAGACUGCGGAAGAUGCCUUCAAGUGCCAGAAGGAAGAAGAGAAGGUGAACCAACAAGAGGGUGAAGAAAUCCCCCUGAUAGACAAGGAGAUGUUGGAGCCACAGGAGGCACUAACUGGGAAGGACGCAGAGGGUGAGGAGUUUGAAUGGAGGAUGCCGGUGGGCCUGACACUUGGACAGGAGCCAGUGAGGCCAGAAGAGAGGCCACCAGGUGAGGCCAUGAGGAGUGAAGUAGUUCCACCUACAACUCUGGGAGAGGUUGUGAGACAACAGGAGGUUCAGGAGAGUAUGGGUCAGACCAUGGUGGGGGCCGAGCUGGGAGUGGAUCCGAGGGGUUGCCAGGAGUCCACCAUACCUCAGGAUAUGCCUCUUGUUGCAGGUUUGCGGGAUGCAUUAGGAUCGUGGGCCACUGGCUCUGGACCAGAGGGGCGAGUUGGUGAGCAGGUGGCGCAGACAGAUAACAUGGCAGCAUGUCCCACUUUCUCGAAGGUUCCGCAGCAGUGUCAGCAGGAGGUCACGAGUAAGGUUACGACAGCCCCCUUAUCUGUGCCCUCGCAGGAAGGAGACAAGGUGGAGCAGAAGAAGGUUGGAAGGUGUUUCUACUGCAAGAAAGGCAAACACCUACAGGAAGAGUGUCCCAAGAGCCUCAAGGAUGAGGCAAAGGGGUUGUUUACUUGGGACUCAUCUGGGGUACGAAGGGAUAGGAAUGAGAACCUGAUCCUGAAGACUCGUGGUGGGAUACAGGCGCAGUUGUAUAGGCAGCUGUAGGAGAGCGUGAGUGAUCGGGAGUAGGGUUCCUUAAUAAGGUCCGGAAAAGUCUAAAGUCU